UUCGUUGCCGAAACGGCGUGCGGACUUGCUGUCGCCAUGGACGCCCCCGCGAACGAAGCCAGCCACAUUCGGGCACUCUUUGACGAUGUUCGUGACGGCGACGAAGGCAUCGACUUGCUUGGAUUCUUGAAGCCGCUGUACUUUUUCCAGCACCACACCUUCACCGUUCUCGACGCGAAAAGCAUCUUUGAUGUUGUCAAGGGCAACGUGAAGCCGCAUCUUAACCUGCGGGAGUACGGCACGGCGCUGACCAAAAUAGCCAAGCUCAUGUACACAUCCAAUCCCCGGACGGUCGCGCGGCUGCUUGCCGACGUCGAUGCGUUCCGAAAGAAGGCCAAAAUCGAGUCGUUCGCUGACGUCGACGGCAUCUACGACCCACUCCGACUUAAGCUCAUGAAGCCUGCGCCCUUGUGUGUGCUGGAGGCGUACAGCAACGUGAUCGAGCAGUCAUUUAACAUGUAUUGCAAAGCGCAGCCGCCGACGAGGGACCACAGCACCGCCGUGGCCGACCCAGGCUGCCAUGGCGCUUUCUUGACGGAAGAAGGAUUCUACGACUUCUUGGUGGGGUACUUCAUCAGCCCAGACUACCUGUCCGCCGACGAUUCCUCUGCGAUCAUGGCGGCUGUCACGUCGACAUUUGUCGUGCACACGACGGUCGAUGUCAAGACUUCGCCGUCGAUGAUGUUUCCACAGUUUAUCGAGGCGCUGUGCCGCCUGGCGCAGACGUUGCAUGGCAAGCUUCUCUCGGAGGAACACGGGUCGAUUCGAAAGACGAUCGACACUGCCCGCCUCGAGCACAGCAUCAAGGUCAUGCUGGACACGAUGCAAGUCAUGCCGAAUGGGACGACGGUCAAGUCGGCGUCCAAGGUGCCGCAGCAACAGGUCGAAACCAGCCUGGACGCCAUGCUCAACGACAUCCAAACACAAAUGGGGACUCUCUCCGUCCGUACGCGCAACGUGCUCCAGCGACGCGCCGACAUGAUGGACGCUGCUGAUGCUCCCAACAGAGUGAAAUCCAUCGGCAGCAGCACAAAACCCACGACGCAUGCAUCCUCGACAUCAGCUAUCGACGUAAUUGUCAUUCGAGACGUCCUGGCGGUGCCCGAUUUUCCCGCGAACGUCGCAAGAAAGGUAGAAGGCGCAUUUUCGUACCAAAACUGUGGACACUUCGAGAUGGCACUGGCACAGCUGCACGAUGCCGAAGACGAGCUCGUCGACGUCAGUCCGAUGCGCGUGCUGGACACCGACGCAUCCCUCUUUUUCACGCUUGCUCGGGGCAACAUCCACGACAGCCGGCAGCGCGACCUGGACGCCCUCCAGACGUAUGCAGAGGCUCUGGCUAUAGCCGACAGCCUCCCAGAGAGCCACCCCGGGCGAGCACUUGCGUUGAAUUGCCUCGGGUCCGUUUGCUACUACGCUGGGAAUCUUCUCGUGGCGCUCAAGUGCUUUGACAAAGCGCUCGUGUUGCGGGAAUCGUUGCUUGGAGAAGAACACGUGGACACAGCCACAUCGCUCAACAACUUGGCGUGCUGCCUCCAUGCCAUGGGGGAAGUGGAUGCAUCGGCCAUGUUUUUUCGAUCUGUUCUCCACGCGUUCAAACUCGGAUUCGGGCUCGCCCAUCCCCGCGUGUCGGUUGCGAUGAAGAAUCUCGAGACUGCGCAGCGCCAUCAGAGUCGGUACGUUUUCCAGGGUGUCGUCCUUGGAUCAUGGGAUCCCCGAUGAGCUCGAUGGGACACCGCCGCCGCCUUAGGCUGAUCCAAGACCGCGCACAAGUCAAGAAUCGCGACGACAUGAAGCACAUCAUUGCUGGGAGCACGUUUCAAAUCGCCGCGUUCGAACGGCCGACGGGACCGGCGAAACCAAAGAAGAAAAAGGUCGCAAAGAAAAAGAAGUAGAGAAAUCAGCCAAGAAUGGAAUUGAUCGAUGACUUGGUGUGUGGUGGACACAACGACUACAGGAGCCGAGAGGCGACCGCAAACUCGAGCGGGACCCAGCAAAACUUGACGAGGUUGUACAGGAGCACAAGGCCUCCGGCGACGGACGCUGCGUGUUCGUGCAGCGACGGCGAUGCCUCUUCGGUCUUCCACACGAGCGCAAUGAGGCUUACCACGAUGACAUGCUGUGCAAUGUCCACAAGUCGUUGCAGGAGCGUGGAUUUUGGCACAGUCGCCGCGACCCACAAGUCCACGUACGCCAGAAACAAGAUCAUGAUGCCACUGGCAGACAUGUCCGCUGUGACCAUCGGCACCGUUCGAUGGAGCGCUGUGGAUGUGACGUAGCAGUUGUGAAUGAGUUGCCCGAGUGUCUUCGUCUUCCACAAAGAUACAGGCACAGCGCAAAGCCCUCGAAGCCACAUGCAACGAACUUUUCCAACGGAGCUGUUGCUUAUGAAACCUUCCACCAAGAUCGCUGCGGCCGCGACGUUGAUCCAAGGUUGAGCACUUCGUAGGUACGCAGGAACUUCCUCACGCACAAUGCAUAUUGUGGUUGCGCCGGCAAAGUUGCACAGGAUGUACAUGACGGCACGAAGUGGCAAGGGUUUCGUUCCAAGUUGGGCGUGGGUGCGGAUGUUGAUGCACACGAGAACGAUGAAGAACCACUUGCACCAUUUCGAGAUGUACUCAUCUGCGACCAGCCUUGUCACGAGGUCGAGCGAUGCGCACACAGCGGCAGCACCAACCAAAAUUGCAUACACAAUCCACGAGUCAUCACGUUUCGUUGAUUGCAACUGCUUCGUUGACGGCGUGGUCCCUUUCCUCGCCGCUUCUACCUUGUGAAGGCUGUUGACGUCCGCUGCAUUCUUCCCUUUCCGCCUUUGCUUCACCGAUUUCCGCUUCCCCAUAUCCUGUUAUCGCCGACACCGCGGCUGUCGCUGGGAUUGUGACACGUAUACCUUUUGUCCGGAUAACAACUCUUCAACA